GCUGGUCGAAUUCACAAAGUCAUCGGUCACACUGGCAGCCAGCAGCACAAUAAAUUUUUUGUUUUAUCAACCGAUUGCGACGAAAAUCCCGAUAUCCAGAGCAGAUAAACGAUGCUGCAGCGCUAGGCCGUUAAAUCGAAGCAUUUAGGCAACCAGCCAGACUUUUACACAUUUCUACAAAUAUUCCAAAACUGGGAGGGAUUUUCCUGGGGCACACAACACGCCACGCACCACAUACAACACCUGCCCACAUAAGAACGAUCCAGGCAUCCAGCGCGCGGAAUAUAAAAUUCAAUUGGAUUCGCAAAGCAUUUGGAACCGCCUGCUAUGCUGUUUCAUCUUCGCUCCUUUGUUCGCCAGAAAACAACGACAAACACCUGCUGAAAACUGUAGAUCGCUAACAACCCAGAGAUCCGAGAACUUCAUUCACAGAAGCAAAAGCCCCAGUCAAAAACAGAAACCCGCUUCAAGAUGGCCAUACCGCCACCACCGGGACCACCGCCGCCGCCAGGACCUCCACCGCCUCCGGCGAUGGGUGGUCUCAAAUUGGGCGGCGGAGGAGGAGGGGCAGACAUGCGAUCUGCCCUGCUCAGCUCGAUCCAGAAGGGAACCAAGCUGAAGAAGACCACCACGGUGGACAAGAGUGGACCGGCGCUGUCUGGCAAGGUUUGUGGAGGAGAUGGCGGCGGAGGAGUCGGCGCCAAGCGGACCCUUAACAACAACAACAACAACAACAACACCAGCACCAGCAACCACAAUAAUAGCGGCAGCGGCAGCAGCAAUGGCCUUGGCAAUGGAACCCCCAAACUGGGAGGCCUGUUCGAAGGCCUCUCGCAAAUGCCAAAGCUGAAGCCCGUGAACGGCAUUCGCGCCGCACCAUCCAGCGGUUCAGCAGCGGCGACAACGACAUCGAGGUCCACAACGAACUCGGCGACCCAGCAGCGGAGCAAUAGUCCCCCGUCCGCGGCGACCGCCUCGAAUGCCAGCAGCGGACCCCUGGACUUCAACACGGAGCUCACCAAGCAUUUAACGCUGAAGCGCCAGAAACAGCAGCAGAAUCAGCCACAGCCGCCGGCAAGCAACACACAUAUCAACGCAACAGAAGCAAAUCUGAGAACAAAUCGGGGACCACCACCACAACCGCCGAAGCCAGCCAGCUCGAGUGAUUCGAUCUUGGAGCGCAUGAACAUCCCCCGCACAGCGCCGACGCCCCCCUUCGCCGCCAGUUCGAGUGUCAAAGCGGCGUCGCCCACGCUCUCGGACAGCGGCAGCAGCGGGAGUGGGAGUGGAGGUGGAAGCGUCAAGAGCAAGGCGGCCAACCUGAAUAUCUCGUUAGGCAAUAGUUUUGUAAAUAGUUCGAAAACAACCACGAGUGCCUCGACCACGUCGCUGAACUCCAGUCAAACGUCAUCGACGGGAUCGCUGCGCAGUCUGGCGCCCAACAAGUCCACAUUGUUCGGCGGCAGCGGUGGUUCUAGUUCCGGGUCAGUUUCUGGUGGUGGUUAUGCAUCCGUGCAGAAGUCCUCGCCGCCCUCGACGGCCGACAGCACGCCAUCGGUCACACCCACACCGCCCGCGCUGCAUCAGCCCACGAAGCCGGCCAUCAGCUUUGGCAAGCCCAAUUUCGCCCCGAAGCCACCGGGUCUGAACCAACUGGCGCUGGCCAACGGACAGCAGCGGCCGGCGGUGACCAGGCACCACAGCAUGAAGUCGCCCAGAUCUCCGCCCGCUGCUGGCAGCCUCAACGGUCCCGUGUUUCCCACCCAGCAGCACUUGGGCACCCUGCGUGGCCCACUGCAGUUCCACAGCGGCGAGUCCGGCGGCCACAACACCAGCGCCGGCAGCAUGCGAUGUGCCCCCAACCCGCCAAAGUCUCGCCCAUCGGUUAAACCCCCGCCACCGCCCACGCCGGCCCGCAGCUUCUCCAACAGCAACCUAAACAACAUCGGCGGAUCGGCGCCGUUCAGUGCGGUGAACACGACUCUGGUCCAGAGCUCGGCCAUGACCACGCAGGCCCCAUCGCCGCCCAUCACGCAGCCGCCCUCCUCCUCCAGCAGCAGCAGCAGCGUGGCCGCCCUCCGCGACCAGUUCCGCGGGGGCGCAGCAAUGUCCAAUGGGGCACCAUCGCCCCCACUUCCGCCGACGCCUGCCCCCACCUCCAGCUCAUCCUCGGCCACCGCCAGUCCCAAGUCGCUGCUGCGCGACAAUGUGAAACCAAUUAUCCUCAACGGAGGUCCUCUCAAUCCGCCAGCGCCGCCACCACAUCGCAGCUGCCCACCUCCGCCGCCUCCACAGCGACAGUCGAGCAAUGACCAAGUGAGGCGCUGGAUGUGCAAGACGCUGGGCUCGAUAAGGCAGAUAGUCCGCCAAGAACGCCAAGGGAAGCACGGAGGCCAGCCAGUCAAGGUUAUCAAAAUGCUGAUGCUUAACAGCAAGCGCAACGGUGGCUCCGGAUCGGGAUCAGCGCCAGUUCCACCGCAGCGACACUCGUCGAUUAGGCCUAAUGCUCCGUCGACGCCACCCACGCACAUGGCCAACUCCUCGCACCAGUUUGGCAGCAGCUCGGGAUUGUCGUCGGGAUCCGGAUCCGGAUCAGGAUCGGGAUCGGGAGCAGCAGGAGCUGGAGCUGGAGCUGGGGCCAGCGUGGGUCGCCUGGUCAACGAUUUGGAGACGAAGUUUGGCAAGCGAUUCCACAACGUCACCGAGUUCCCCAAGCCGCCGCCGUUUCUAAACAUACACAAAGUGUAUCCUAGUCGCACGUUUAAGGCCACCAACGCGCCCGGAAACAGCAAUGUGAACAACAACAACACCGCUGUGGCCAGCAACAAUAAUGCGACCACGAAUCCCAAUCCUGGAGGUUCGGGAGGAGCAGCUCCUCCAGUGCUGAAGCCGGCCUAUGCACCAUUGAAGAAGCACCGGGCUCCGGCACCACCUCCUCAAGCGGGCGUGGCCGCCGCCACGGUGUCAGUUAUCCGGCAGUCGAGUUUCCUCUACGGCGGAGCAGCAGGUGGUUCCGGUGGCUCUUCCGGCAUACGACCACAAUCCCAGCCGGCGGGGAUCGGACCACGGAACUCCACCGUCUACUGAUCCGAACGAGGCGGCUAAUGGACACAGGGCAGUGUAUUUGAUUUGUAUAUAAGUGUGCAAGUGGAGAAUGUUGUUGUGUUGUGUGCGGGUGUGUUAUGUGCCACAGGCAAUUGUUCAAAAGUGCUUAGAAUAAACCGAACACAAUGGCACACUGAAAACGCGAAGGAAAAGCUUGUUGAAGGCAAAGGCAGGCACAGUCAAUAAAAAAUCCCCAAAAUUCGUUGGCGUCUUCCCAGGCUGCACUUAAAUAGUUAAAGCAGACAAUGAAUUAAACCCCAAUCAAAAAUUGUAUAUAGAACUAGCACCGAGUUAGUGAAAUUAUCAGCAGCAUCUAUACCUUUUGUACGCGGGUGUAAAUGAUUGUAUGUACUUUUAGGGGCGCGCCUCUUUGCAUAAAUAUCUUACUAGACUGAACAUGUUAAAAAGCCCAAAAGCAACAAUUAAUUAAUGUAAUCAUAUACGAUAUUUAGCAUCGAUUAAUGUACGACUUAAUCCCCUAGAGCAAUACACACACACAAGAGAAAUAUGUUAACAAUGCAUAUUAAUAUUGAAGCACAACCGAGAGCAUUUCAACGAAACUCGCCACAUUCCAUUUUUCGAUUUCUCAAUUUCUUGAGUUCGUGUGAUAAUCUCCAGAGUAUUAGGGUAUUUAUCUGUCAUCUGUGGUUCGGUAAACGUUUGUUAAACUCCUUUUUGGGCGAUCACUAAAGUGAAGUGAAUAUAAAACACACACAUUAAUAUUAUUGUUCUUAUUAUUAAAUUCAAUCAUUGUUGUUGGACUUGGUGUCAUUAGAAGUAUUAUUCAGCAAUUGCAUAACAUUUUAUUCCGAGUCAAAACCAUUGCAGUUAUAAAUAAAAUUACAAAGUCAUUCAAAAA